AUUAUAGUCGGUGCCUAUCAUACGACUCACGACGUACUUAGAGCGGUUAAUAACCACUCAUAGAGCGUAAAGCAUUCAUAUACUCGAAGCCAUAAAAGAUAGAUCAUAUUAUCAAUUUUAAUUUUCUUAUCUUUCACUGUAUUUCUAUUCAUUUUUUACCAGUUUAUUUGUGAAUAGCCAAACCACUCUAAAUCUUACAAUUUUGUUUACUUAUUCUAAGAAUUGUUAAUUUAAAAAAGAGGGUUCAAAUAAAUAAAGAGUUAAAUAAUGGCUGCUGAACAAUUUGUUAAAGAUGCUAUUGCUCAUGAUCAAAUUGUCAUAUUCUCCAAGCUUUCCUGUGGAUAUUGUAGCAUGACAAAAGAAAUUUUUACUAAGUUGAAAGCUACAUUUAAGGCAAUUGAGCUAGAUGAAAGAGAAGAUAUGGAUGCUAUUCAAGAUGCUUUGCAAGAAAUUACUGGUGCUCGCUCAGUUCCCAGAGUGUUUAUAAAUGGUAAAUUUAUUGGAGGAGGAUCAGAUGUUAAGAAGUUAAAUUCUAAUGGAGAGUUAGCAAAACUCAUCAACUAACAAAAUGAACUACCUAAUCAAAUAAAGUUUAUCAAAAAUAUUAACAUAAAUUACUUAAACUUUUAUGGUUUCUUUUUAUUUCUUAUAGUUUCCUUUUACAAUAUAAUUGUUGAUUUAAAUUCAAAGAAA